UACUGUGUAGGUUAGGAUGGCAGAAGAGGAGGGUGAUGUGAACGAGGAGGAUGUGUUCCUGGCUUUUGCCCAGGGUCCUUCUCCUCCCAGAGGUCCCUUACGUCGGGCCUUGGACAAAGCUUUCUUUAUCUUCCUGGCCCUCUUUCUGACACUACUGAUGCUGGAGGCUCUUUAUAAGCUCUUGUGGCCACUACCAUGGACAAAGCUUGGGGGCUGGCUUCUGGGAACACCUGAGGAGGAGGAGGAGCUGGAAUUGUGACCACCUUUUCUAUAAACAUCCUCUUACUCUGCCAAGAAGCUCUCCCAGAGGCAGAGACCCGACGGCUUUCCGAGGCUGCUCCGGUCGUACAGCCCUCCCCGCGGCCGCGGGACCGCGUCCUCACGCCCCGCCCCACAGCGUCGCCCUGGGGCCCCGGAGCCCCGGCCCAG